AUGGCGGUGGCUUUUGGACUCUUCUGAAAUCGCAUUUGGAUUCACGUUCACUCCCCCUUGCAUACCUUUUCACACCGCAUCUUCGCCCAUACCUGAAAAAAUCCGAUUACCAUUUUUUCAACCCGUUUGACCGACUAAGAUCGGUGGAAAAUCGGCUGAUUGUCAACUGUUUGAUUGGAUAAGGUCAAUAUAAUGAGCGGCGAUAGACGGAACAGUGUAGAAGAGGAGUUCAUCAGAAGACAUCACAAGCAUGAGGUUGGAGAAAAUCAAUGUAGUUCGUCAUUGGUUAAGCACAUCAAAGCCCCUCUUCCUCUUGUGUGGUCCUUGGUGAGGAGAUUUGAUCAGCCACAAAGGUACAAGCCCUUUGUGAGUACUUGCAUGGUGCAGGGUGAUUUGCAGAUAGGAACCGUUAGAGAAGUAAAUGUGAAGUCAGGACUUCCAGCUACCACUAGCAAAGAGAGAUUGGAGCUACUAGACGACGAGGAACACAUCUUUAGCAUGAGGAUUGUGGGUGGGGAUCACAGGCUAAAGAACUACUCUUCCAUUGUCACCGUUCAUCCAGAGAUCAUUGAUGGGAGGCCCGGGACUAUGGUGAUUGAGUCAUUUGUGGUGGAUGUGCCUGAUGGAAACACGAAAGAUGAAACAUGUUACUUUGUUGAGGCCUUGAUCAAGUGCAACCUGAAGUCACUAGCCGAUGUCUCUGAGCGUUUAGCCGUACAGGACCGAACAGAGCCAAUUGGUAGAGUCUGAGCACAUUAAGAUUUGACUGUAAUCAUCUUGGCAGAAGAACACCGGACUUUUAAGUAGAAGCGAGUUGAGAGACUGGUACUUGGCCAGUCCUUCUCGGUCUUUAAAGUAUACUUAUAUGCUUCGUUUUCGUCAGUCAUAAGUUGGUGUUUGCUUGUUGCUGUAGUUGCUUGGGAUCUGUCUUGUUAUUCAACACGUGGUUUCUUGAAUGAAUACCAUCCAUUUCAUUUCUUACAUGGACCUUGUUUUGAGACUGGAUUGUAAAAAUUGAAGGCUCGGAGAUAACAGCUUUAUUUGGGAGGUUUUAAUAACUAUGUCUUUAUUUAAGUCAUGUAAUCAUUAUA